UGUUCCUGGAAAUUUGCUUAUUCUAUAAAUCCUGCAGGUGUGCCUCGGCUUAUUCGGCGAGAAUGGUUUUAUUUAGCAGAUGGCUGAAAAGUAAGGUUGUAUGGGUCUUGCUACUUUUUGCUAGUUUCCAUCUCAUAAUGAUCUUGUCACAAACUGAGAAUACUAUAAGAAAUUCAAGUGGAGCUGAGGACGACCAGCUUGCUGUCGACAGAAGAAAUCGAUUCAGUAACAUUUUGAGUGACGUCACAGUAAAGGUUUUAGAAGCUGACGGUAUAUUAGGUAAUAAAGCACCUUCAAGUAAGAUCUACGAGAAAAAGAAACCCGUCAUCGGUUUAGGAAGCAUAAACACAAAAAGGAUGAAAAAAUCAGCGAUGAAACAAUUGCCUAGUUCUAUACCAGGAAAUUUAACAGAAAAUAGAGUAAGAACGCAAGAUAUACCCUACAAAUCAUUUUUCUCUCAACCAAGGCCAAUGAAAGUCAUUGAAAACCUUCCUGAAAAGUACCAGAAUAUCGGGUUCUUAAAGAAGCAGCCAAGUUAUGAGGAAAUGAACGUGGAGGAAGCAAUCCCACAAAGGACUUCAUUCGGUGAUCCGAACGAGAUGAACUGUAAUGAUACUUUUUGUUACCUGAACGGGAGAACUCUGAAAAAAGAAUUAAUCACAGAAAAUCCUAAAGACAUGUUCACCUUUCUCCCACCUGAAGAAGAAUUUCUGAAAGAAUUUAAGAACCCCUGCUGGAAAGGAAAUGAUCUUCUUGACCGGGAGGCCAUGUUUUGCUUACCUUACUUUUUCAUCAUCGGUUUCACAAAAGCUGGAACGACAGAUCUAUUUGGACUCCUCAAAAAACACGUCCUUAUAAGCUCCCGAGCCAGGAAAGAAACACAUUUCUUUGACAGGAGAAGUCGAGGAAGAGCAAUGCCAAUGCAUCGAGCUCCCCAUGGUUUGCCCAGAUCAUUCAGGUUCUACGCUAAUAGAGGUUCGUAUCGAGACUAUCUGAUGCCAACUUACCAAGAAGUUGAAGGAACGGAUGUCCUGUUUCACGGAAUUACUAUGGACGCUACCCCCUCCUACGUAUGGGACAACGAGUUUUGGGAAACGUUCCACCCCGGUUACAAAGAGCCACCAGUGACUACCGCAGACACUCUUGCAAAACUUAAUCCUAAAACCAAAUUUAUAUUCUCCUUGCGGGACCCGAUCAAUCGGAUGCGAUCAGCGUACCAGUUUUUCUGUAAGAGUUUGCAAACAUACAAGUGCGACAGGCCCAUUACACCGGAGAAAUAUCAUAAUUUGGUGGCGGAGGCGGUUGAUAAGUUUAAUAACUGCCUGAAAGAGAACACUUUGAGAGGAUGCACUUAUAGCACUAAAACCCACCAACUAGCGACCCAUUUAUAUGCAAGUAUCUACCAUGUCUAUAUUCUCGACUACAUGAAGGUUUUUCCCAAGAAUCAGAUCUAUAUACUCCAGAUGGAGGAACGUACCCGGGACCCGAUCACCACUAUCAAUAAUCUCUGUGACUUCCUGGAGAUACCACGAUUUCCUGCGAGGAUAUUGAAGAAGAUUUUUGAAGAGCGGGAAGGAAUCGCAAGGAAUCAGAUAAGUGAUGAAUUGAAGAUCCCCUAUGUUCUGCCAGAGACAACUAAACUCCUUGAGAAGUUCUUCAGACCGUAUCUCAGAGACCUAGUUGAUCUGCUAGGUGACGAGAAGUGGUAUUGGAGUCGUCCUCACUGACAGAAGAACUGAUGUAGAUCGGUCAUUAGCACCUUUGACCGUUUAACCAUAUAAAAUUCGAGCUAAUCAAGUUUUAUGUUUGCAGGGUUCUAUGACAUUUUAAACCACAAAGCUUUCAAGUGUGUAGUAUUAAGGUAUUAACGUUAGUAAUAUUUGAU